GGGGCACCAUUAGUGUCAGUGGGAGGAGUAGUGCCUCAUCAUUGGUAUCAGUGGGAGGAAUCAUGCCCCAUCAUUGGUGUCAGUGGGAGAAAUAGCACCCCAUCAUUGGAAUACCAUACUGAAAUAGCAUACCAUAUUGAAAUCAAAUCUGAUGUUUUUUCAUUUUUAUUUGUGCAGAGGUGCUGCUGCAACCACAUAUGCUGGCUGCAGCAGUACCGAACUAGAACAGGAGUCAGCAAGUGUCAUUGGUGUCAGUGGGAGGAAUAGUGCCCCAUCAUUGGUGUCACUGAUACUAAUGAUGGGGCAUUAUUCCUCCCACUGACACCAAUGAUGGGGCACUAUUCCUCCCACUG